AUGACGACUGUUCAGCUCGACAUUGAAGAUGUUUCCUGGGAUCCAUUGAUGAAGAAUUGUGACUUGGUGCAUCUGCGAAUGCUAUACGGCAGUAUAGAGAACAGCCGGUGGCCGGGCAUUUACCGCAGAGCGUUUGAGCAUCUGACCCCUGGAAUCGGGUACAUAGAGCAUGUUGAGAUUGACUGGAAGCCAAGAUGGCCCGGUGAUGCUGCCCCCCCUGCAUCAGCUGUCAGUGAAUGGUCGCGGCUGCUGCUCCGAGGCUGGAAUCGAUUAAAUCGAAAGGCAGAAGUCAACCGAAACGAAGUAAAAAGGGCUUUGGAAACGGCGGGGUUUGUCGACUUCAAGGAAGAAACCAUGCCAUGUUAUUUGAGCCCAUGGUUGUCGGACGAAUUCCAGAAAGAAACGGCCAGGUGGUUCAACCUUGGUUUCUCUCAUGGCCUCGAGGCUAUGGGCCUGGUGCCCAUGGUGGAGAAGCUGAACAUGACGAAAGAAGAAGUCGGGGAACUGUGCAAAAGAGUGAGGGACGAGAUAUGCACGCUACGCUUCCGCGCGUACAUGACCAUGUAA